AGGCGGGGGCGCUCGCUGCACCUGGACUUAAGGAAAGGGAGGCCGGGCAGAGUUCCUGGGGCGCCACCUUUCUCUCGGUUUGUGGCCCUGGAGGCCAAGGGGAAUUGGGCUUUGGGGAGCAGCAGUGGGUGCCUGGGUGUGGGGCGCUGCAGGCAGGCAGGCUGGGGUGGGCGACCCAGGUGGAAGUGAACUGCACUUAGCUUCUUGAUGGGCCUCGCUCACCGCCUUCCCCGGCCUCUGAGGAAGCCAGCAGGCUGGCAGGGAAAAGGACCCUAGGUGGAUCCAGGAUCCGGCUUCCAACAUGUGGCGGCUCUGGGCCUCCCUCUGCUGCCUGCUGGCGCUGGCCGACGCCUGGCAGAGGCCCUCCUUCCAUCCCCUGUCGGACGAGCUGGUCAACUAUGUCAACAAACAGAACACCACGUGGCAGGCUGGGCACAACUUCUACAACGUGGACCUGAGCUACUUGAAGAGGCUGUGUGGUACCUUCCUGGGUGGGCCCAAGCCACCCCAGAGAGUUAAGUUUGCUGAGGACCUGAAUCUGCCUGAAAGCUUCGAUGCACGGGAACAGUGGCCCCAGUGUCCCACCAUCAAGGAGAUCAGAGACCAGGGCUCCUGCGGCUCCUGCUGGGCCUUUGGGGCAGUAGAAGCCAUUUCUGACCGCAUCUGCAUCCACACCAAUGCACAUGUCAGCGUGGAGGUGUCGGCGGAGGACCUGCUCACCUGCUGUGGGAGCAUGUGUGGGGACGGCUGUAAUGGCGGCUAUCCUGCCGAAGCUUGGAACUUCUGGACGAGAAAAGGCCUGGUUUCUGGUGGCCUCUAUGACUCCCAUGUAGGGUGCAGACCCUACUCCAUCCCUCCCUGUGAGCACCACGUCAACGGCUCCCGGCCCCCAUGCACGGGGGAGGGCGACACCCCCAAGUGUAGCAAGAGCUGCGAGCCUGGCUACAGCCCAACCUACAAGCAGGACAAGCACUACGGAUACGAUUCCUACAGCGUCUCAAACAAUGAGAGGGACAUCAUGGCCGAGAUCUACAAAAACGGCCCUGUGGAGGGAGCCUUCUCUGUGUACGCAGACUUCCUGCUGUACAAGUCAGGAGUAUACCAGCAUGUCACUGGCGAGAUGAUGGGCGGCCACGCCAUCCGCAUCCUGGGCUGGGGCGUGGAGAAUGGCACGCCCUACUGGCUGGUUGGCAACUCCUGGAACACUGACUGGGGUGACAACGGCUUCUUUAAAAUCCUCAGAGGACAGGAUCACUGUGGAAUCGAAUCAGAAGUGGUGGCUGGAAUUCCACGCACCGAUCAGUACUGGAGAAAUAUCUAAUCUGCUGUGGUCCUGUCCUGGGGUAGUUUUCCCUGCACAGAGUCAGGGAUGGGGGUAGAAAUGUCUUAAUCUUUGCGUCCCUGUAAGAUACAGGGCCUAAAGAACUGGACUGGCCAAACCUCAUAUCAACCAUCAGAGCUGUUUUCCAAGGAGACUCCCGGCUACCUCCGAGCCUGCUCAGUGGACUGAUGGCUGCAGUGUAGACAGUUAAGCCACGUGAGCCACUGCUGCCAGCACGGAGCUCCUUUCCCCAUGACUAGUGCUGUAGGGAGUGCCUGCUGCCCCAUCCCUGAUCCAUCCAUCUCCAGGAGCAAGACGGAGGCUCAGGAAUAGAAAGCAGAGUUCCUAUCAGGAUUCAAGUUCCCCCCUCAGCAGUACCUCUAAGCAAGUAGCUUUCUACAUUUGCUCCAAGAUCAGAGGACAGAUGGUGUUUGGAGCCCUGUGGAGAAGCCACAUUCUCCCAGGGCCCCUGCAUCUGUCGAGGUUUGCAGUGUCAGAAACUCUGAUCUUGGCCUCAGCAUGAUUCUUUUUUAAUAGUUUUCUUUUUCGUGCACACUGCUGGUCACGCGGAUAAAGGAGUGCAACAGUGGGAGGCCGUGCUAGUUUACAGAUUGCCUCCUAACAGCAUGGCUCAGAACGAAACCUAGUGGCUGUGACUUGCUUCCGACCCUGAUCUCUACUACCACCAUGAAACUAGUGUAGGAGAAACCAGCUUUUACUGUUUUUCAAAAAUUCCUGCUUCACGCUGUCAAGUUAAGGAAUGCCUGUGCCAAUAAAAGGUUUGUCCUUCAACUCAAAGUCGGCUCUGAUGGCAUCUCAGAGGUCAUUUGUCACUGCCAUCCUCAGCCCUGCAGAGAAUCACACCCAGGGACUGCAUGCCCUCAGGAUUCUUGGGACCUCAGCUUAACUUCCCACUGCAUCCCCAUCAACCAUCUGUGUAAGUCCUUGAUGAGCUUGCCCUUAAGAACUAACUACAGAGCUGUGGUGGUGGUUUUUUUUUUUUUUUUGAGACAGAAUCUCACUUUGUCAUCGGCGAUGGAGUGCAGUGGUGCAAAUUCAGCUAACUGAAACCUGCACCGCCUAGGUUCUAGCUAUUCUCCUGCUUCAAACUCCCGAGUAGCUGGGAUUACAGGUACCCACCACCAUGCCAAACUAAUUUUUAUAUUUUUAAGUAUAUACAAGGUUUGACCAUGUUGGCCAGGCCAAUUUCAAACUCCUGGCCUCAAGCUGGUCCACCCAUCUCAGCUUCCCAAAGUGCUGGGAUUACAGGGUGAGCCACCGUGCCUGGCCUCUAUUUUUUAUUAGCCACAAAUCCAGCAGUGACCUGAGAAUUCUCAUGAAACAGGCCUGGUAUCUUGGUGAUCUCACAUAACCAAGAUGCCAUCCCGUGGAGGGCCACAUCCCCCAGAUGCCUUCCAGAGGGGCCGAGUCAGCCUGUACACAGUAUUUUGAAUCUGUAUGCCACUGGUUUGCAUUGCUGGUCAAGAAGUCUCGUGCUCUGCAUAGGCCUGGUUUAGAAUCGUUUUACACCAGUUCUUGCAAGAGUAGAGGAAUCUCGAAGAACCAGCGGUCACUCUACUGUCCUGUCAAGAUACACCUCAGUAUCACCCUUCCCUACUGAGGCUGGAUGGGGCUAGCUCUUUCCAAAAGCAUUCAAGUUUUGCUUCUGAUGUGACCCAGAAGUUAGGAAUCAGAAGCUCAAUCAAAUAAGCUCUGAAACUCUGAGAAACAUUGCAGGGAACAGUUGUGAGGCCCAUCACGGCACUUGAGAGAUGCUUAACAAGGGUUACCAGAGCCGCAGAUUCAUAACCGCUUAUUCUUCCAGCUUCUCCUAGAAUAUAUUCAUAACCUCAAUAAAGUUCUACCUGCUCCCA